UGACGUCAAUGGUGCCUUCGAAAACUUCCUGUCACCGAUUCUUGGAAGAUUUGUCGAUCACUUCUGUGAUCCUGUGUAACUACUAGGUGAAACAUGACCGAAUUAAACAGACAGCUUCAAGAAUACCUGGCACAGUCCAAAAACGGCGCUAGUUCGAGUACUGUAGUCAGUGUUGAGGACGUUCCGCCGGUGAAGCAGAACUGGUUCAGCAGCUGGUCCAGUCCCUUUACGCGGUCGGCUACCAACGGCAACGGCGCCACAGCAGCGGGACCCAGCUUUUCGUGGCCCUGGACAUCGGAGCCGGACCCGUGUUUGCCCGGGAUGAGCAGAUCACAGAGACUUAUGGCUUUCGGGGUAUGCGCUGCAGUUUGCGUCUUAUGUUUUGGACUAGCCGGCCUCUACGCCCCAUUUUUGCUCUUCAAAGCCCGGAAGUUCGCUCUUCUCUGGUCCCUCGGCUCGCUUUUUGCAUUGUUUGCCGCGGCGAUCUUGCGCGGACCCAGCAAGCUACUAAUGUCCCCGACUCCUGGUGCCAUUUUCUAUCUGUGUACCUUGGCAGCGACCCUGUACGCUGCCCUCAGUCUCCACAGCACUCUUCUGACUGCCCUGGGGGCUGUCCUCCAGGUCGGCGCCAUUCUGGGGUACGUUGUCGCCCUGCUCCCGGGAGGAAGUAGUGGGAUGCGGUUCCUUAGCAGUCUUGCAACAUCGGCAAUCAAAAGGACUGUUUCUGGCAAAACCAUGCCAAUCUGACACUAAGCUGGACGCUGCUGGAAUCUAUUUUGCCAAUCGAAAAACCUGGCACACAUGGUGGCUGUUGCGCCACCCAGAAUCCUACUAAGUUUAACGUAAGGUUCAUGACAUUAUACAGGCUUUCCGAAAGUGUGUAACUAAGCAUUAGCGAACAAAAAAGCCGCAGGGACCACUGACAGCUUUUCAGUCACCAUUGUGUAACAGGACAAUGUACAAGAAAGUUUUGCUUUUGUAUUUUACUGAUUUAUCCAGCUUAACGGGGUUGAAAUAAAACACUCAUACUGUUAAA